AGUUCCUGUUUACGACAUUCCCGUACGGCUGAAUGUUAGCAGCUUAAACAUCGUUGUAAGCGUGCAAUUAAAGUACAAUUUCUUUUCCUAUACUUUGACGUAUUCAAAACAGAGAAUAUGGAUGUCGGGGAGCUGUUAAAUUACCAGCCUGACAGAGGAGCAACGCGUUCCAGAGAGGAGGAUGGAGGAGAGGAGGACAUGAGAAGUGCAAAGCAGCAGAAGUUGCAAAGUGCCAGACACAGAGAUGGGCCAGGAACGGGUGCAGAAGGAGGUGCCGACAUGAGGGAUGGCGACGACUCUACGGCGGAUCGCAAGAAGAUCCUGGAGAAACUGAUGGAUCAGGAUGAAGAUGACCCUGAGGCAGAGCCGGUGGAUGAGAGCUCGGUGAAGAAAAUGAUCCUGACCUUUGAGAAACGAUCCUACAAAAACCAGGAACUCAGGAUUAAGUUUCCAGACAACCCAGAGAAGUUCAUGGAGUCAGAACUGGAUCUGAACGACAUCAUACAGGAGAUGCACGUGAUUGCCACCAUGCCAGACCUGUAUCAUCUGCUGGUGGAGCUCAACUCUGUUCACUCGCUCAUGGGCCUCCUCAGUCACGAAAACACUGAUGUUGCCAUAGCAGUGGUGGACCUCCUCCAGGAACUGACAGACAUCGACACACUCCAUGAAAGCGAGGAAGGCGCCGAAGUCCUCAUUGACGCUCUGUUGGAGGGCCAGGUGGUUGCUUUACUGGUGCAAAAUAUGGAGCGGCUGGAUGAGCAGGUUAAAGAGGAAGCGGACGGUGUCUUCAACACACUGGCCAUUAUAGAAAACAUGGCUGAGUUCAGACCGGGCCUGUGCACGGAAGCAGCUCAACAGGGACUCAUGCAGUGGCUGCUCAAGAGAAUCAAGGCCAAGAUGCCGUUUGACGCUAACAAGCUGUACUGCAGUGAAAUUCUGGCCAUCUUGCUGCAAAACAACGACAAUACGAGAGAACUGUUAGGGGAGCUGGAUGGCAUUGAUGUGUUACUGCAGCAGUUAUCUGUGUUCAAACGUCACAACCCGUCCACAGCUGAGGAGCAGGAGAUGAUGGAGAACCUCUUUGACUCGCUGUGCUCCUGCCUCAUGCUGUCUGCCAACCGGGACCGUUUCCUAAAGGGGGAGGGUCUUCAACUGAUGAAUCUCAUGCUUAGGGAAAAGAAGAUGUCUCGGACCAGUGCUCUCAAGGUCUUGGAUCAUGGUAUGAUUGGAGCGGAGGGAGCGGAUAACUGCCAUAAGUUUGUGGACAUCCUUGGUUUGCGAACCAUUUUUCCGCUUUUCAUGAAAACCCCCAAGAAGAUGAGAAGCUCCGGGGCUUCAGAGAAAGAGCAUGAAGAGCACGUUUGUUCAAUUAUUGGCUCCAUGCUAAGAAAUCUCAAAUCCCAGCAGAGAAGUCGACUCCUAAACAAGUUCACAGAGAACGACUGCGAGAAGGUUGAUCGACUGAUGGAGUUGCAUUUUAAGUACUUGGAGGCUGUUCAACAGGCUGACAAGAGGAUCGAAGGGGAGAAACAUGAGAUGGUGCGUCACGGUGAGAUACUGGAUGACAACAUGGAGGAUGAGUUUUACCUGCGUCGAUUGGAUGCUGGACUCUUUGUUCUUCAGUCCAUCUGCUACAUUAUGGUGGAGAUCAGCAAUUCUGGGCUAUCGCAGCUGCAGCAGAGAGUUCAUCAAAUUCUCAACUUGAGAGGAGGCUCCAUCAAAGCCGUGCGUCACAUCAUGAGAGAAUACGCUGAGAGCAUCGGGGACGGAAAAAGUGAUGAGUUCAAAGAGGCGGAGCGCAAAAGGAUCAUGGACCUUUUAGAGAACUUCUAAUGUAUUUUCCGCAUCGGCCGGCCACACAUGGAAAAUACAAACACCUAUUUCUGUUCCGUAGAACGAUCAAUUCUAGGCCAAGUAAACCAUUAAAAAUCAGGGACAAGUGUGCAGCACCGCAAAUCUUCAGGCUUAAUGUUGAUCCCCUGGCUGCUUCUGUUUUCUUUUCUUUUUUUUUCUACCAACCUUUUAGUUUUUGUAAUAAAAUGUGGUAAUAAAAUCCUGAUAGCAUGUUUGCCUUAUUUGAAAAAUGCCAUUGUGAGUGCAUUUGUCAAGGCUUCUCAUUAAAGCUUCCACAGAUGGGGAACAACAAAAGCUGUACCUGCAGUUGUCUCUUGACAACAAAAAAGCCAGAUAUGCUAUUUGCUUUUUUCCUGAACCCACCACGGAGAUGUACAACAAAACCACUGUCAUAGUAUCUUCUAUGCAAGGUAAUGUAAAUAACACUUUUUAUUAUUUUUGAACUGACCUGAUCACAGUGAAUCUGGUAAGUAACAAACCCCCAUUAUUACUAUGUGAAACUGUAAUUUUAGACAUUUUUGUAUGUGGAUUAAAUGUUUUAUGUACCACCAGUACAUAGUCGUCGCAGGUGUGGUCAACAAAAACAACCAACCACGGGGGGUCUCAUAUUAAAGCAUGGUCAAGCAACAACGGCAUCAAGGUAAUCCAUAAGGUAAUAUGCUCCUUACCACUAAUACAACAUUGGUUCUGUUUCUGCUGCUAUGUUGUGCAAACACCCGGCUACCAUUAGAGUAUUUACAGUAAUCCAGCCACUUCAAAGUCCAGCAUUAUUACCAGUCAUCAUUAGUAACUUUAAAAAAAAAGAAAAAAAAAUCACCCAGCAUUAAACCAUGACUGGAACACAGCAGCAGAACCUCAUUUGCAUGUUUUAUUAGCAGAGGAGGGCAGCGUGCAUCUCUUAUCAGCGAUUAGGACUGCGUCGUGUUCAACAGCAAUUUCACAGCUGAGGGGAGGGCAAAUAAUUGUGUUUUCCAAAUGACUGAGUGCGUACACGGCACACUGCUGAGACACCGUCGGCCCCUUCUUUUCUUUUUUAACAAAGAGUCAUGAGACCACCCAUCCUGACAACCGUUGGCUGUUAAGUGCUUUAACAUGGUCGUCUUAUCUUCAAAUACAAAUUGCUGUCCUUUCAGGAAUGGUAGAAACAUUCCAGUAUCUAUGAAAUAGCCCAACAAAUCAUACAAAAGAAUGAAUCAUGUAUGAAAGAAUACACCGUUUCUAGUUUUUUCUAGUCUUCUGCCGUGG